AUGUCCCGUCCGUCGGUGCGCCUGCUGCCGCAGCCGCCACUGGUGUUGCUCCUGCUGGUGACGGCAGUGGCGGUGCCCCCGGCCCUGUCGUCGCCAGUACCGGCGUCACGUUUCUGGAUGCUCGCCUGGUCCGACCACAAGAUGACCGUGCUGGCCUCGGGCUGCGCGGCCGUUAACUUCGACCCCAGCGUCACUCCGCUUCCCUGCCGCCUGCUGGCCUGUGAGGAGGGAUGGGAACCGUUCGACAGCAACUGCUACUACUACGGAGCAUCGGCCACCGACUGGCUCACCGCAGAGGUUAUCCACUGCAACAUUGAACGGGCAUCGAGACUGACGUCCAUACACUCUGCCGAGGAGAACGACUUCAUCAAAACUCUGGCCGACGCUAACGGAGCUUCUCGGCUUCACAUCGGUCUUCAGCGCUCAGACAGGGGCUUUGUGUGGGUGGAUCAGAGUCCCUUUAGCUACACAAACUGGAAUGAGGGCGAGGGAAACGACCUACCCGUGCUGCCGAUCACGGUCUCCAUGGCGGCGUCUGUCGGAGGGAUGUGGGCCGAUAACCCUAUGACCGACGUCUUUCCGUUCGUGUGUAAGCGCGCCAGGGUAUUGCCGGCGACACCGUAA